AUGCUAUUCAGACGAUUGUUGACCACUAAAGUGGGAUACCAUACGCCCAAUUAUGUGAAUAGGCGUCUCAUUCUCUCCGUGCUGAAGUCUACCGCGACAAGAAGGGAAGCCAAAGAUUAUUUAACUAAAUACGGAGAUCCGGCAGUUGCGUAUCACUGUGUCCUAUACCUGCGCGGCACCAAAACAUUUUCAGCCGGGUUGAUCAAUGACUUUGCCAUUAUGCUUGGCAGAUUGAGACUGCUAGGGAUCAGGCCGCUAGUGGUCUUAAGCCCCUCCAAGCACGUGAUGACAGAGUCUGAGAUAUUACGUGAAACGUUCUAUAAGCAUGGACUGCAGUCGAUACCGAUAAACGAGCCAAUGGCUUCGGGCACCCGCGAAACUAUACUGCAGAACGGAGCAUCGUAUAAUAGUAUUAUUCCGAUAAUAAUGCCGUUCGUAUACCACCAGCAACGUGCAAAGAGGAUGUUGGCGGAAGAUGAAGUGGCCUUUAUGCGCGAGCUAGUUGCAUAUAUGCCAUGCAGAAUUGAUAAGUUUUUCAUUAUUAACCGGUAUGGUGGCAUUCCUUCCUCCGAACGGCACGAUAAUAGCCAUGUCUUUGUGAAUUUAUCACAGGAAUAUGGUUCGCUCGCGGAGGUGCUGAAACAGCAAAUUACCGACUUGAGACAUGAAAUGGAUGAUGGGCUGCUUGCUGAAAGAAGGGCUACCGAUGGGAGUUACAAAGAGUUUCAGUACACUACUCUUACAGAAAGUCUAACCGAUUUGGAGCUGAUGUCAGCGGUUUUGUCGCUUCUACUGCCAUCGUCAACUGGCCUGAUCACUAGCAUGCACUCAGCUGUCACCAAUUCGCGGUAUAAUCCAUUGCUUUAUAAUGUAUUGACCGAUAGAUCUCUAGUGUCCUCUUCGCUCCCCAGCUUUAAAAGAGAUCCUAUCAGCGAUAAUGCAUGGUAUGAAUUACCUGCCUGCGGUGCCAAAAUAGGAACGCAACGAGCGAACCCAAUAUUUUCAACCACCGUGCUCAAACAAGGCGUCGAUAUUAAAUUAUAUGACUACAGCACACUUACGAAGGAGAACUCUGUUGGAUUUCACGAGUUGUUAUCAACAGCAGGCUCAGCCCAAUUGCCCGCUCACAAACGGGUCAACCUAACGAAGCUCAAAGGGAUAAUUGAGCACAGUUUCGAUCGGAACUUGGAUAUGAGCCAUUACUUGAAACGAAUAAACGGGAAAAUUGCUAGUAUAAUUGUUAUUGGUGACUAUGAAGGUAUCGCCAUUCUGACAUAUGAGGGUCCUGAAAAGCGUCCCUUUGCAUACCUUGACAAAUUUGCUGUAUUACCACAUCUUCGGGGAUCUCUCUGCAUUUCUGAUGUAAUAUUUAACCUCAUGUUCAAAAAGUUCGGCGAUGAGCUGGUUUGGAGAAGCAGGCGUGAGAAUGUGGUGAAUAACUGGUACUUUCAGCGUAGUGUUGGCGUUUUAGACCUAUCAAUAGAUAUUGGCCAUGGUCCUAAAAAAGACAAUAUAUUCAAGCUCUUCUACUACGGAGGCAAGAAGGGCACACAAUUUUAUGAUUUUGAUAGGCUAAGGGAAUAUAUCACGUACGUGAGAGAUAUAGAGCCUUCUUGGUCUCGCAAGUGA